AUGGUCGGCGAACUGUCUUGGCAAUGGCAGAUUCUUAUCUUGAUGCAAUUAAUAAGCCUUUCAUCCCAAUUGAAUCACCAAUUUGUGCCUGAGAAGGAGGAUUUGUUCAGUGACUGCACAGACAAGCCAGGAUAUCAAAGUGUCGAUAAAAUGUCGGAUUUUUCGCAGUUUAUCCGUAAAAGGAAUAAAAAUGGUGGAAUUGAUAUACAUGGAAAUAUAACCAUGAAAUGGGAUAUACAACCAUCAGAUCGUGUGUCGGUUGAAGUUGGUAUACUAAAGUUAGAAAAAGGAACUUGGAAACCAACCGUUUUCAAAGGGGCUGAUAAAGAUUUCUGCAAGUCCUUUUACGACAAGAACACCAUUUACUAUCCUCAUUCGACGGAACACGUGAUCAACAAGGAGGAAGUCAAGGACAAAUGCGUAAAAGUUCCUGGGACAGUUUUAAUUGUUGAACCCUUUCAACUGAAAAUAUUAAUAAGUCUUGCUGUGCCCCUAACUCCAGGACGUCACAAGGCCCUUAUAGUAUUUACUGCCUUUGACAAAGCCAAUGUUAAGCGUCCUGAUGAGAUGUGCACGGAAAUUAUUGGCGAUAUUGUGAAAGGCUAACUUAGACUUUCACUUUAACUACUC